AUGGUCUGUCGAGAUUGUGCGGCUAAAAAUCAGGAUCAUACAGUUAGCGAAAAAGAAAGAAAUAAAAGAAUUAGACUAGCCAAAGCUCAUUUGGAGGAAAUUGCUGACUUGCCAGAAUUUCGUGCUGAAGUAGAAGAAGCAGAAAAAGAAAAUACUUUAGAAACUUUUGAAAGACUAGAACAAAAAUUAGCCCAAGAACUAUUUGAUAAGUUAGUAGAAUACAAAGGAGGGAAUAGUGCUGCUACUGUUUAUAAAACUUUAAAAAAGUUAGCGGAUGAAGCGAUUGAAGAAGAUACUAUGGAUGGUUAUUAUAACUUGUUAAAGGGUUUUAGAAAAAAAUAUGAUGAACUAGUAAAACUAAAAAACACCGAGGAGGGUGCUGAUAAAUUCCUUGAACAAUUAACUAAUGUUGUUCAUGAUAGAGAGUAA